ACGUUUGACGUUUGCAUAUGCAGUGUUGAUUCUACAAGUGCACUUGCAGUAGGUGUAUUAUUGAAUCAAAAACCCGGCAUAAAGGAAAAUCCAUACAGAAAAUGUAUUCUCAUUGAAAUAACUUUUUUCGUUCCAUAAAUUGCAUUCCGUUUAAGCUGACUAUUUAGGUGAUAAUAAUGUCUUUUUGUGAAGAAAUUGAGAUUGAGGGAUACGAAACCUUCCAGACCAAAAUAAAAGAAUGGGAAGCCGACAAGUCGAAACAUCCAUUGUUCAUUCUUUUUACUGGAAGUAAUGGUUCCGACGGCCAGAGUUGGUGUCCAGAUUGUGUCCAAUUUGAAGGAAUGUGGGAGACAUUAAAAAAGUCAUUUACCCCAUCUGAAGGAUCCUUAAUCCGAGUAAAAGUUGGAUCACGAGAUUAUUGGAAGGACAAAAAUUGUCCAUUCCGGACGGACAAGAAAACUGGUCUGUCUUCUGUGCCAACUCUUGUACAAUGGGGAAGUCCAAAACGACUCUCUGAUGAUGCCAUUCAAAAUCCAGAAAAUGUGCAGAUGCUGAUGGAAGAUGAAUAAAUUGGUGCAUCAUAAUCAUGUGAUGAUGAUAAUCAAUGUUUAACAUUUGCUUGAAUGUUGUAUAUUAAACACUAUUUAUUGUCUUUGUUUUGGCAAUCAGAAACAACUGAAUAAAAUUAUUUCAUGAAUGGGAA